CAUUCAAAAGAAAAAAAAAAAAGAGAAGAUAUUGUUUUAAAUGAGAUGUAUGCAAGGUUAUGAAUAAAGCUUCAAGUAUAUAUAUACCUUUCUGCUUUACAUGCCACUAGAUAUAUAUAGCACCCACCAUACCAUUUCUUUUGCUAGCAAACUAAGCACCCCAAAUUGCCAUAUUUUGCAUAUUAAGGUUUGCAGCACUUCUCUAGUUCUUCUUCCUUUUCCCUUUCCUCCCUUGCAAAUCCCUUAACCAAUUGUUGCGUAUUCAACAAAAUCAAGGAAAUACAGGUUGAUUUUUUCAAGAUGAAGUUGUUGUCUACUUGGAAGCAAGUACAAACCUUGGUGAAUUUCCAAGGAGGAGGAGGAGGACUCACCAUGAAACAUUUCUUUUGCCGGAAAGACAAGGUUAUCUUUGUAAUGGGGGCAACUGGCACCGGCAAGUCUCGACUGGCUAUCGACCUCGCCACUCGUUUCCCCGCCGAGGUGGUCAACUCAGACAAAAUGCAAGUCUUUAAAGGCCUCGACAUAGUGACGAAUAAAGUCACUGAAGAGGAGUGCCGUGGGGUCCCACACCAUUUACUUGGUUUUGUGGACCAGGAUGCGAAUUUCACCUCCGCCGAUUUCCGCCACCACGCUUCCAAGGCGGUGGACUCCAUCUUGACCAGGGACCGCCUCCCCAUCAUCGCUGGCGGGUCCAAUUCUUACAUAGAGGCAUUGGUGAACGACGACCCCGAAUUUCAGCUCCGAUAUGAGUGUUGCAUUCUCUGGGUGGAUGUAUCCUUGCCGGUGCUCCAUUCUUUCGUGGCGGAGCGGGUGGAUAAGAUGAUUCAAUUGGGUUUGGUUGAUGAGGUGAAGAAAAUAUUUAACCCAACGGCAGAUUACUCUUUGGGAAUUCGUCGUGCGAUUGGGGUUCCUGAAUUGGAUCAGUAUAUCCGAUUGGAACCCACCGCUGACAGCGAAACCCGAAGGAAAUUACUAGAGGAUGCCAUUACCAAAAUUAAGGAGAACAAUUGUCUUCUCGCUCGCCGCCAGCUGCAAAAAAUCCACCGGCUCUACAACCAAUGGAGUUGGAGAAUGCACCGGAUCGAUGCAACGGAAGUGUUCUUAAAACGUGGAGAGGAAGCGGAGGUGGCGUGGGAGAGGCUCGUGGCGGGACCGAGCACCAUGAUCGUUGACCAAUUCCUCUACCAUAACAACGGCGUUGUGGUGGCGGACCCCACCACCGUGAUGGCAGCACCUGCCGUUUCCAUCCCCGCUGUCGCCGCGGCCAGCCGAUAAAAGCCAUGGCCCACGAAAUCUCCUCCGGACACCUGAUAGUGACACGUUGCAAGCCGCACCUUACUCUAUCUUUAAAUUUUGUUUCGUGGCAAGGAUAAUAAUUGGAACACUUUCAG